CUUUGAUUAGUUAGGUCAAUUGAACGUUAUAUGGCGACCGAUGAGAAUGAAGAUUUGAGAAACUCAACGCCAACCCAGUUUACUCUGUCUCUCAAAUCAAAGAGUCCACGUUCCCCUAUCAACCCAGGGAAUUCCUUAUGUCAGCGAUGUCUUUGAACACAGUGGAAGAAGAAAGGAUUUUGAAACUGUUAAAGGAUGAGGGUUCAAAAACUAUUGUCCUUGUUGGAAAGCCUGGAAGUGGGAAAACAUGGAUGGCAAAAAAGUUAAGUGCUCGUGCAACUAGGGAGCGCUUAUUUGAUUUCAUCCUUUGGGUGUUUCUGAACAGAAACUAUGACACCAAGGCUUUUUACAAUAGCAUCGCCCGUCAGUUGUUCCAGCUUUCUACUACUAAGGGGUUCGAAGUUGAUCAUAAUGUGGAUAUUGAGGAGGUACCGGAGGAGGAGAACCUGGAGGUCCUGGAAAAAAAGAUAUCUGCAGCACUUGAGCGAAAAAAAUUCCUUCUGAUUUUGGAUGAUGAGGGAAACAAAAUGAAAGAGGAAGAGAUCAAAGCACUUUUGCCUGUUUCCCAGAAAAAUUCAUGCAAGGUAUUAAUCACCUCUGUGAAUGGAGAUCGUCAUAAAACUUUUGAAACUAAGACGGUGAUUGAGGUGAAUACCCUGUCUGGGAAUGAGUCAUGGUCUUUGCUGAAACAGAGGACUGGGUCUAAAGUUCUUAACUUUCCAGGUAUGGCACUGGCUAAAGCUUUUGUUGAAAGGAGUAUGGAUCUACUUCCUGCUGCAAUUGUCAUUAUAGCGAAAGCCAUAAGUUACUUCAGUGAACGUGUUUCUGGGAUGCGAACUCUGGAAAGUGCUCUGGAUGAAGCAUUUGAUGGUGAAAACAAAAAUUUUAUACAGCUACUGUCCAGUGUGUAUGACAUGUUGCCCAGCACUAUUUUGAUGGACUGUACAUGGAGGGGCAGCCAUUUCUUCCGCAACCGUGGAAACAUCCAUUACAAUGAAUUAAUAGCCUACUGGAUAAUGGAAGGUUAUUUUGGUCAUAUUGAUUGUAUUGAGAAGGCAUAUGAGGAGGGACAUCGUGUUCUGAUGGAGCUUAUUGAUUGUCGGUUGCUAAAAAAAGUGGAUGCUGAUUGCAUAAUCAUGGAAAGAUCGGUGGAGGCUGAUUACAUCCUCAUGGAAAGAUCUAUGCUGAGUUUGGAAGACUGUCACCGGUGUGGAUUUAAUGGGAUAGCUCACCUUGGAUUGGCUGAUUUGUUUGAGGAUGGUGAGUGGGGAGGCCUUGGGAAAAUCACACAGGCAGGUGGCAUGAUAAAAACACCUUGCAGUGGUAAAAAAGGAAAACUGUCAACCUUGCUGCUUGAUGGAAAUCGUCUCUGCUCUGAAGUCCUUCACAAAUUCUGUCAGUCCAAUCUUGAGCUCCAAGUUCUGGCUAUUUUCAACCCCACACUUAAAUCACUGCCACGUGCCUUGUCUGAAAUUAAAGAACUUAAUAUGCUUGUGCUAAGGGGCUGUGAUUUCUUGGUUAAUGUUGACCUCAUCCAAGAGCUUUCAAAUUUAACGGUUCUGGAAAUUUCUGGGGCUUGUUCCUUGGAAAAACUGCCACAUAAUCUUUUUGAUAAAAUGACCCAACUUCGAAGCCUUAACCUAUCUGGCCUUCCGAUCACAUCUUUGCCCGACUCUUUUUACAAGCUUUCUGAACUCCACAGGCUCCUCCUUAAAGAUUGUUCCAAAUGAAUGGAACUGAAACCUUUGAAAAGAU